ACUCCGCACAGUAAGUAGGAGCCGGCAAUACAGCAAUAGUCUGCCAUAAAACCUUAAAGAAGAAGAAGACAGGGCAGUAGAAACAACAACAAACAUUUAUUAGAUAUAGCUACAGUAGCUAGUUAAUGUAACAACAACGGGUUAAUCUUGCAUCCAUUCUAUCAACAGCUAUACUUUUGUGAAACAGGUCAGAAUUAGAAACAACCUCGCGGUUUUAUUUGAACAACAAACAUUUAUUAGAUAUAGCUACAGUAGCUAGUUAAUGUAACAACAACGGGUUAAUCUUGCAUCCAUUCUAUCAACAGCUAUACUUUUGUGAAACAGGUCAGAAUUAGAAACAACCUCGCGGUUUUAUUUGUUUAACGAGUGUUGAGAACUUUGGACUGAGUGACCAUUGAACUCGUACUGACCGGUCCUCCCUAUCAGAGUUCCCUAUCUAUCCCGGGCUCUGGUCAGUCAGCCAUGGCCCUCCGUGUCCUCCAGGCCGUGGCGGCGGUGGCUGUUCUUUGUCGGUUCCCCGUAACGUUAACUCGGGCUGGGGAUAAGUCAGAGGGGACUCCCGGCCAAUCCUACGUGGCUGCGGUAUACGAGCACCGGGUUAUUCUGAACCCGGAGCCGCACGUACCUCUGUCCCGGGCCGCGGCGCUCAAGCACAUGAUGAGCAACCUGGAUGUGUACGAGGAGCAGGCCGCGCGAGCUGCGGAACAGGGGGCUCAGAUCAUAGUAUUUCCAGAGGAUGGUCUUCAGGGGUUUAACUUCAGUCGUCUGUCCAUCUUUGCUUACCUAGAGACCAUCCCUGACCCACAGUCUGAGGACUGGAACCCCUGUACACAGACAGACAGACACACCCACACUGAGGUCCUCCAGAGGUUGAGCUGCAUGGCUCGACGUCACCGUCUUUACCUGGUGGCCAACAUGGCUGACCUCCAGCCCUGCUGCCAGACCUCUCACCCCACCUGCCCCCCCGAUGGGCGCUGGCAGUUCAACACUGAUGUAGUCUUCAGGCGGGAUGGUUCCCUGGCGGCACGCUAUCACAAACACAACCUGUACUUUGAGAAGGCCUUCGAUGCCCCGCCCACACUAGAGGUGGUGACCUUUGACACUCCGUUCGCCGGACGGUUUGGAGUGUUCACCUGCUUCGACAUCCUGUUCCAUGACCCUACCAUCAGACUACUGGAGCAGGGUGUCAGACAGAUGGUCUACCCUACAGCCUGGAUGAACCAGCUUCCUCUGUUGUCAGCCGUUCAGUUCCAGAGAGCCUUCAGUCUGGGAGCUAACACCACUCUGCUGGCGGCUAACAUCAGGGCAGACAGCCUGGGUAUGACAGGAAGUGGCAUCUUCACCCCUGGUACUGCCAUCUACCACCAUGCCAGGGCUGGGCAGCCAGAGGAGGGGAGGCUGCUGGUGCUGAGGAUACCUGUACUGGACACUGCCUGGCUGGGAACAGAGACGAGGGCCAAGGGGCAGGCAGGAGGAGAGGGAGAGGGGGAGGCAGGAGGAGAGGGGGAGGCAGGAGGAGAGGGGGAGGCAGGAGGAGAGACUGAGAGCCAACACUGCCAGGAGGAUUCUCUCUCUACCUCUCCUCCUGCCUUCUCUGCCUCAUCCCCCUCUCCUCCUGCCUUCUCUCCCUCAUCCCCCUUUCCUUUCACCUCCUCUAUGAUGUAUGAUCCCUUCUCCUUCCUCCUGCUGAGUGGUUCAGAGGGCCAGCUGACUGUGUGUGACGGUCCUUUCUGCUGCCACCUGCACUACCGACGCUCCCCACAGGGGGGCAAUACGGAGCUCUAUGCUCUAGGAGCGUUCUCUGGCACUCACACGGUUAACGGACGCUACAAUGUACAGGUGUGCGCGUUGGUCCGCUGUUUGGGGUCGGAGGUCAGCUCCUGUGGACAGGAAGUGGAGGAGGCAGAGUCGAGAGUUGACUUCCUAUUGGAGGGGGAGUUCGGAACCCGUCACGUUUACCCGUCGUUGCUAGGUAGCGGCAUGGUUCUAGAACAACCUGACCAGGUCAAGACGACCGCAGAUGGUCGCGUGGCCAUGGAACACUCAGGGAUGACCGUCGGACUAGUGACGGCAUGUCUCUACGGCAGGGUGUACGACCAGGACUAAGGUGUGUGAGAGAGAGGUUGCGGUCCAAACACUUAAGAUACACCCUCGUCCACUUACCCUCGCCUUAUGCCCUUGGGGAAAUCUCCGUCGCCAUCUUGGAGGUCUUUCCAAAUGAUUAGCCAAGCAAGGGAAGUUAGCAAACGUAAGCCCCUCAGCCCUCGUUUUUAGUCGGCUUAGCUAGUGUACAAUAAUGUUCCCUCCUGGGCCCGAAACUCCCCAUAAUUCAAUUCACGACAAUUGUACAUCUUGUCAGCGAAAACUUAUAAACAACAUCAAUGGAGAAGUCAACAUAAAAACAGUAAAAACAAAUGAGUUAGAAAUUGUGCUACUAAUGCACAUGACGGCACAAACACAUCUCGUAAAAAGUCCAUAUGUUUCUGUUUGGUUAUCUUUUGGAAAUUGUAGAGAAAAAAUAUAUAUAUAUUCUUCAGAAGUUCCAGCUGGGUAGGCUAACAUUACUUAGCCAAUUAAUUUACUAGCUCUCAUACAGUAGGCGUAUAUUAAUAAUUAUACAUUUAAUAUAAGUAGACAUGCACUCAUAAUUGACUUUAGUGCAUAUAACGCACCCACAAGCUACCGGUGGCUGAAAACACAGUCAUCGCUGGAUGAACGAGUGACGAAUUUCCAGCCAAGUCCAUUUAAAAAUCAUCCCUUCGUCCCUUGCCCCUUGAAUACUCGUCAGACGUCAUCAGAAGUGUCCACUUAAUUUGAGGGUUGAGGGGAUAGGGUGUGUCUUAAGUGUUGGGACUGCAACCAGGGAGAGAGAGAGUGAGAGAGGGUGUGUGUUUUGGUUAAAUGAUUGUGUGGUCCCAUAAAGUGAACCAAUCUUCUACCUCAGUAAAUAAGUGUUCUCUUUUGUCCUCCGUCCUGUUUCUGAACUGUAUCCAUGACACCCUAUUCUGCAAUGUUGUCGUGGGUUACGCCAAAUAAAAAUAUGAUUCACCAACAAUAA